AUGAACCGGCAAAUGUACAGCAUGAGAGCGGGAGGUGGGGGCAGAUCCUACAGCACUGCCUCAGCUAUUAUCCCGAGUGGCAACAGGGCUGGCUUCAGUUCGAUAUCCGCGGCACGAUCUGGAGGAAGUGGAGGUGGUGUUGGAAGGCUCAUUGGAGGAGGUGGUGGCGGUGGUUUUGGCAGCAGGAGCCUCUACAAUCUUGGUGGUAGCAAGAGGAUAUCCAUCGGUGUCGGAAGCAGCUACCGAGCUGCUUUUGGGAGUGGAGCUGGAGGUGGCUCUGGCCUGGGAGGUGGUGGCGGCUAUGGACUUGGUGGUGGUGGAGCUGGUGGCAGUCUCGGACUUGGUCUCGGUGGUGGAGGUGGUGGCUAUGGCCUUGGUGGAGGUGCUGGUGGGCUUGGCUUUGGUGGUGGACAGGGAGGUGGUGGAGGGUUUGGCUUUGGUGGAGUAGGGGGCCUGGGAGGAUUCAGCGGAGGGCUGGGUGCUGGCAGGAACCCAGCGGGAUUUGGUGGUGUCCCACCUGGAGCUGGUACAAUCCAAGAAGUGACUGUCAACCAGAGCCUCCUGGCACCGCUGAACCUGGAGAUAGAUCCAAACAUCCAUCAGGUGCGAAAAGAUGAGAAGGAGCAAAUCAAGACCCUCAACAACAAGUUUGCUUCUUUCAUUGACAAGGUUCGCUUCCUGGAGCAGCAGAACAAAGUUCUUGAGACCAAAUGGACCCUCCUGCAGGAGCAGGGCCAAAAAAACAACUCAGGCAAAAGUAACCUGGACCCACUGUUUGAGGCUUACAUCAACAACUUGAAACGGCAGCUGGCCAACCUGCUCAACGAGAGAGGACGCAUGGACGGGGAGCUGAAGAACAUGCAAGACAUCGUUGAGGACUUCAAGAACAAAUAUGAAGAGGAAAUCAACCGACGCACAGCAGCAGAGAAUGAGUUCGUGAUGCUAAAGAAGGAUGUGGAUGCUGCUUACAUGAAUAAGGUGGAGCUGGAGGCGAAGGUGGACGCCCUGACCGAUGAACUCAGUUUCCUCCGAGCCCUCUACGAUGCGGAGCUGGCUCAGCUCAGCGCACAAGUGUCCGACACCGCUGUCAUUCUGUCGAUGGACAACAACCGGGACCUGGACCUCAGCAGCAUCAUAGCCGAAGUCAAAGCUCAGUAUGAAGACAUCGCUAACAGAAGCCGGGCAGAGGCAGAGGCUUGGUACCAAACCAAGUUUGAAGAGCUGCAGGCCACAGCUGGGAAGCACGGCGACGACCUGCGCAACACAAAGGGGGAAAUCUCCGAGCUCAACCGGCUGAUCCAGAGGAUCCGGUCAGAGAUCGAGAACAUGAGGAACCAGUGUGCGACGCUGCAGACAGCCAUCGGAGAUGCUGAGGAGCGUGGGGAGCUGGCCCUCAAAGACGCCAAGGCAAAGAUGAUUGACCUGGAAGAUGCCCUUCAGAAAGCCAAAGCUGACAUGGCCCGGCAGCUCCGCGAGUAUCAGGAGCUGAUGAACAUCAAGCUGGCCCUGGACAUCGAGAUCGCAACCUACCGCAAGCUGCUGGAGGGCGAGGAGAGCAGGCUGAGCGGAGAGGGACUCAACCCCAUCAGCUACUCUGUCAUCAGCUCCAGCUCUGGCGUGGCUGGAGGCAGUGGAAGUGGCUUCGGUCUUGGAGGAGGUGGCGGUGGUGGAGGCUACAGCUUUGGGAGUGGAGGAGGACUUGGACUUGGGGGUGGUGGUGGUCUCGGAGGUGGAUUUGGAGGAGGCAGCGGCCUCAGCAUUGGAAGUGCUCUUGGCUACGGAGGAGGUGGCGGCAGCGGUCUGAGCACCAGUGGAGGAAAUUUCAGCUCUGGAAGUGCAAAAGGCACCAACCCAGGUGUGAAAAUUGUCUCCAAAACCUCCUCCAGCAAAAAAAGCAUAAAAAGCCAAAGCCUGAAGAAUGCUACACAGCCCGAGUAA